CUGUUUCCGAGAUAUGUUUCUCUCUCUAGUGUUUUGUAAAUUUCGAGCUUCAAUUUUUGUUUUUUGUACCGAGUUCUUUGGAUUCCAUCUUUGUGUGAAAAUUUGCAAGCACCUAGAAAAGUCUUUCCCCUUUUAUGCAUAAAAAAAUUCGGAGUUUUCAAAUUUAUUUAAUAUUUCAUUUGAAUGUAGUGUCCAUUUUUUUGAGCGGUUUUGAAUGUACUGUUCGUAGGAGAAGAGAUGAGCUCGGGGAUCAGAGUUGGAUUUCCGGUUACUUUCUCCCUCGUUUUUUUGGCCACCAUGCAACGAACCUAACCUUUGGAUGGCCCCAGAUUUUGGACUUCUUUCACACGACCGCCGCUCCUCAUCACAGGUCAAAAACAAGCCGCCAAGUGCAUCCACCCCGAAGGAUCGUCGAGGUCGGGCCAUGGCCACGAGACUAUCCACGCCAUGACUUUGACCACCUACGUUGGAUGAAGCACACGUUCUGCUUCCCGGCCGUAUAAAUGUGCUGGCUCGUCCUCAUCAUCUCUCCGCAGCGCCAACGCCAGAAACCACCGCGCUCGCCGCAGCUCCAGGCCUCCAACGUCGAGGCGAUCGACCGGUCUGACGACCUGUUCUUAAACUUCUUAUUCAUCGCCAUGGCAUGGAGGAAGAAGAACGGCGGCGAGUCGUUGUCCCCCGGCGCCUCGCCGUGCCGCGACGACGAGCGGGAGAAGGUCCCGAGAGGGCACGUCCCGAUGGUCACCGGCUGCGGCGCGCGCGUGGUGGUGCCGGUGAGGCUGCUCCGGGAGCCAUGCAUCGCGGAGCUGCUUGACAUGGCGGCGCAGCAGUACGGGUACGGCCAGCCGGGCGUGCUGCGUAUCCCGUGCGACGCCGGACAUUUCCGCCGGGUCGUCGACGGUGCGCUGCACAGAGCCGACUAGGCGCCCGGCGUCAGUAGAGCAUGUGUGAAACUGUGAAUACAUAUGCAGCAGCGCCAGUGUAGAGUAUAGUUGGAUAUACGAAGUUGGUUCUUUGAUUGAUCAGUUCUUUUGUACAUGAAUGCACGAGGAACGUGAAAGACAAAUUUGUGUCAAAUUUGAAGUGCUGACUCCACCUGCACAAGAACUACUCUUAUAUAGUUA